CAAAUUGGAAAAUGCAUGCAACCUAUUGACAUAAAAGUCACGGUGAUCCUGGAGGUGUGGAAGCGUGGCUGCGCCAGCAUGACCUACAGGUGGGGCACUCUGGUCAUGAAGAGGCAGUUUGAGGAGCCCCGGCCGGGAUUCCACGGGGUCCUGGGUGUCAACUCUGUCACGGGCAGGGAGGAGCCCCUCUACUCCAGCUACAAGAGACAGUUGCGCAUUUACCUGGUCUCCCUGCCAUUCGUCUGCAUCUGUCUCUAUUUCUCCCUGUACGUCAUGAUGAUUUACUUCGACAUGGAGACCUGGGCCUUGGCUCUGCAUGACAGCAGCGAGUCGGAGUGGACCAGCGUCUUGCUGUACGUGCCCAGCAUCAUCUAUGCCAUCGUGAUCGAGAUCAUGAACCGCCUCUACCGCUACGCCGCCGAGUUCUUGACUUCCUGGGAGAGUCACAGAUUGGAGUCUGCCUACCAGAAUCAUCUGGUUCUGAAAGUCUUGGUGUUCAACUUUCUCAAUUGCUUCGCUUCGCUCUUCUACAUUGCCUUUGUCCUGAAGGAUAUGAAGCUUUUGCGACAGAGUUUGGCCACUCUCCUGAUCACCUCUCAGAUCCUUAACCAGAUUGUGGAAUCGCUUCUCCCUUAUUGGCUGCAAAGGAAGCACGGCGUGCGGGCGAGGAGGAAGGUGCAGGCUCUCAAGGCAGACGUCGAUACCACCCUCUAUGAACAAGUCAUCCUGGAAAAAGAAAUGGGAACUUACUUGGGCACCUUCAACGAUUACUUGGAGCUGUUUCUGCAGUUUGGCUACGUGAGCCUUUUCUCCUGCGUCUACCCACUAGCAGCUGCCUUUGCUGUGUUAAAUAACUUCACGGAAGUCAAUUCAGAUGCCUUAAAGAUGUGCAGGGUCUUCAAACGUCCAUUCGCAGAACCUUCGGCCAAUAUCGGCGUAUGGCAGUUGGCUUUUGAGACCAUGAGUGUUAUCUCUGUGGUCACUAACUGUGCUCUGAUUGGAAUGUCGCCGCAAGUGAAUGCCCUCUUCCCAGAGUCAAAGACGGACCUCAUUUUGAUUGUGGUGGCAGUGGAGCAUGCCCUCCUGGCUUUGAAGUUCAUACUCGCGUUUGCCAAACCUGAUAAGCCCCGGCAUAUCCAGAUGAAACUGGCCAGGCUGGAAUUCGAGUCGUUGGAGGCGCUCAAGCAGCAGCAAAUGAAGCUCGUGGCCGAGAACCUGAAGGAGGAACCCCGGGAAUCUGGGAAGGAGAAGCCGAGCUGAGCGCAGGCCGCCCCGUCUGCCCCAGGCCUCUGCCUGCGGUCAGCUGGUGCCUGUGAGGGCAGGGGUGGUCCCCAGGACAGCGUGGAGGCCAAGUGUGGCCACCACAUGGCUGGCGCCCUCCGCACUCUGCCACGUCCUGGCUCAGAGCGGGUAGAAGAGGGCAGUCAUCCCCCCUCCCCCACACCCCCACCUUGCACACCCCUCUUCUGCCGCGUCACUUUGUCCAAAGCCACUGCUGGGUCAGGGUCACCAGCUCUCCACGUUGUCCUCACAGAAGGCGAUGGCUGCUCCCGACCCCACCACAGCCCAGGGAUUGUGGCAAGGUGGUGCCUGUGUGCCAUGCCCGUCACAGGAGCCAUGGGGGCGGGGGGCCUGCCGACCCUGCGCCAAGAGUGACCGAGGUGUCCCCCGCGGCUCGGCCUCGGCGCGUUCUGUCCUGCGAUGUGUUAACAGACUCCUCACCAGCACAAACGCUGGUGGCUGAGCCAUUAAAGCCUGUGCCUCUCUGGAAAAAAAAAAAAAAAACA